AUGACUAUAGCCAAAAACGAAGAUACUAUCUCCUACCGCAGCCGCCAGGUUCAGCAGAGGUUCAUUGAUAUCAUCAAGUACCUUACUGCUAUCGAGGACCAGCCCUCAAGUGCAAAAGAAGAGUGCAAUCCCUCGCCAUCAGACGUGGAGGGCGUCCUGGGAAAGUUCGAUAUGUGGGCGGGCAAUCUCGGCGCCUUGCGAGCUCCGGGCACCAAGCUUUCUCUCGACCUACGUCUUGCCGUUGACCUUGAGAUCAGGGGUCAGAUCUGUGUAGACUUGGACGAGCUUUUAGAAACACUUGAUGAAUCAACUACUUUUAUUCCCCAGCCAAGGCAGCUGGAGGACUUUGACGAGGAUGACGACAACGACGACGCUAUCUCUUUGGCUAGUGUCUCAACCAUGAGCAGUGCCCUCGCAACACUCAGAUUGCCGCGACUGUCUGAGCUGUCGCCAGAGGAAAAAUCUUGGAAGAGCCACGCAUUUCGGGAUCUCAAAGCCUACCCCUGCACUGCGGGCAAGGAGUGCAAAGACUUUCUGUUUAGUGACCGGAAUUCUUGGUUCGAGCAUGAACUUCAUUACCGCCGUUUCAGGAGGCACGUCGCCGCUCAUCUGGAGCAGCUUGCCAUAUUUUCCAUGCCUCGUGCGACAGAGGACAAUGAUAUAGAUGGCGAACAAGUCAGUGAAGCCGACAGCCGCAGGUCGACAAUCGACGCGGGGCAAGUCUCUGUCGUUGAUUGGUUUGAACCGGAGCUUCUGGCAACAGAUGAUAAAGAUAUAGCUCUUGCACAAAUCAUCUGGAGCGACAAUUCCACGAUACGGCAGAGGGGGGCUGAAAAGUACGAAGGUGUAGUAGCCGGUGUUGGACUGGACCAAUGGCUCAUCUCAUCUACUGAAAUCGAGGCUGGCGACGAAGAGACAAUGCGCAAGAGGCCGACGCAUGACUAUAGCGACUUCCUGCAACUAAGUGGAUUUGAGGCUGGCCCGCGAGGCAACAACGUGGAAGACAGCGCCCCGUCGGUUGCGACAAAUCGAGGAAUGCCUUGCAAGCCCUGCCGAAAAAGGAAGAUCAAAUGUGAUGAGCAAAUGCCCUGCAAAGUUUGCAAGGAAAAGACUCGCGUUUGCAUUUACGCUCCAUUACCAGAACAUCGGCCGCCAUUCGAGGAAUUCCGCACAGUACCACAAGUGGCAUCCAUAAAAGCUUGGAGCCGCUCAAGGCGAAAAUGGGCCAGGAACGUCCAACUUAUACACGAAUGGCAAGAAGGCAUCUGUCUGUCGAGGCUCUCAAUAUCGACAAUACCGAUUUUGAAGAUGACAAGCGUUGAGUACCGGAGGCAGCUCCCGCGGGGAAAGUCGGUACUCACCAAGUAUAUGAUCAAGGAGCGUCUGCAGCAAGACCUCGACGGGGCGUGGACCUCUUAUUGCUCAGAAGAUGGUGGGGAUGAUCAGAGUUAUGCGAAUAUCUUCAUCAAGGAUAGACAGCUCCUCGUUCGAUAUAUUGCCCCUGGUUCGGCAUUGAAAGCAAAUGUAGGAGCAACACUAUCCCAGGAAGGCGGCGACGAAGGGUUGGAAGGGCCUGAGCCUCCCAUCAACGUGUACUACAAUGUCGAAAAAGAACCGAUCUCGGCCCUGGACAAUGUCAAUGCCGGCAACGGCGGCGGUAGAAUUCCCCUGCACUGGGUAUCUAUGAGAGGCGCGUACGCGGCCAUGAUGGACGUCCUGAUCAGUCACGGGAUCGACGUGAACAAGACUGACAACCAGGAAAAUACGGCGCUGGGUGCGGCCUUGAAAUACGUCUGCAUCGCUCCCGACGUCGCCUUUGAGGCAGUGUUUAGUGAGAAUGAGGUGGUCAACCUUGGGCCGAACGACAGUAUGGUUGCCUUACACAAGAAGGUGGAGAAAGGUCUAGGCUUGCUACACCAUCCCGAGUACGUGUAG